ACGUCACACUACAGUGGGCUACUUGAGAGUUUGUUGCGCACAUUUCUGUCAUAUUGUCCUGCAGCGAGGCUCAGGCUCAGACAGAAUGGAGUCAGCUGCAGCUAUUGCGACAUUUCAGUUUGGCUGGCCUCAAAUUCAUCACUUGUUUGCGCUACUUUGUCUCGUCGCCGUCGUCUAUAAACUAACGCCCUUGUUCGCCCAAAGAAGAUACGCGCUUCGGAACAUUGAAGCUUUUCCGGGUCCACCUGCGCACUUUCUUUUCGGACACGUGAAGGAGUUUAAACAACAAGGGAAAGACUUGGACAAGCUGGUGGAAUGGGGACGGCAGUACCCUUAUGCUUUCCCAGUGUGGUUUGGUCCAUUUGUUUGUUACCUCAACAUUCACCAUCCAGAUUAUGUGAAAACGCUAUUGACAUCAACAGAGCCAAAAGAUAGUUUUGCAUAUAUUUUUGUUGAAUCUUGGAUUGGGGAAGGUUUAUUAGUGUCAAAAGGUCAGAAGUGGUUCCGACACAGAAGGUUCUUGACCCCAGGUUUCCAUUAUGAUGUUUUAAAACCAUAUGUAAAUCUGAUGUCAGACUCUACUAAAACUAUGCUGGACAAAUGGGAAAGAUAUGCAAACAGCAAUGAGUCCUUUGAAUUGUUUGAACACGUGAGCCUUAUGACACUGGACAGCAUUUUGAAGUGUGCCUUCAGCGACAACAGCAACUGUCAGACCGAGAGUGGAACAAAUGCAUACAUCAAAGCAGUGUAUGAGCUCAGUCACAUCAUUAACCUGCGGGUCCGGACUAUUCCAUACCACAAUGAUCUCAUUUUCUACCUCAGCCCACAUGGUUUCAGAUUUAGAAAAGCAUGCAGGGUGGCUCACAGACAUACAGAGGAAGUCAUAAGAAAGAGGAAAGAAGCACUAAAGGAGGAGAAUGAACUGGAUCGCAUAAAGACCAAGAGAUACUUGGACUUUCUGGACAUCCUUCUCUUU